AUGGUCGGUCCCUCCAUUCAGGAUCGCACGGGCGAAUUCCAGGCCAUCCUCGGGCAGGCCCAGAAACGCCUCACGACUUCCAAAGUCGGCUCACAACGUCAAGCACUGCUGUCGGAUUCGCAACGGAGACAGGCGCACGCAGGCACAGAUGGGCAAGGACAAAGCAAACGCCGGUCGGAGUUUGCUAGGAGAGCCGCGGAGAUUGGACGAGGUAUCACAGCGACAACCGCGAAGCUACAACGGUUGGCUGAGUUGGCGAAGCGCAAGACGCUCUUCGAUGAUAGACCUGUCGAGAUUUCGGAGUUGACCUACGUCAUCAAACAGGACCUGGCGUCGCUGAACCAGCAAAUUGCUUCGCUGCAAGCGCUUACAUUAUCGCAACAUCCAAAGACGAAUCGAUCAAAAGCGGAUCAGGAAGGCGAGCACAAUGACAAUGUCGUGGUUAUGCUCCAAGGAAAGCUGGCGGAUGUCGGUGCGAACUUCAAAGAAGUCCUCGAGGUCCGAACGAAGAAUAUUCAAGCGUCGCGAUCUCGGACAGAAAACUUUGUCUCUUCAGUAUCGUCCAAGUCGCAGGUCUUGGAUCCGCAACGGUCGGACUCUCCACUGUACAACCCCUCGGGACGGAGGACGCCACAACCAGGUUUCCAAGGAGGUUCUUCGGAUCUAUUGACGCUCGAUCCCUCGAAUCCCUCGCCACUUGGACGUCCAUCGUUCCAGACGGAUCAGCAGUUACUGGUGAUGGAGGAGGCGCAGACAAACAACACGUACAUUCAGGCCAGAGGCGAAGCCAUUGAUGCCAUCGAACGCACCAUCAGUGAACUCGGCGGGAUCUUCGGCCAACUGGCUCAGAUGGUCAGUGAGCAGUCAGAGAUGAUUCAACGGAUCGAUGCCAACACCGAAGACGUGGUGGACAAUGUCGAAGGCGCCCAGCGCGAGUUGAUGAAGUACUGGAACCGGGUAUCCGGUAACCGAUGGUUGAUCGCCAAGAUGUUUGGUGUCCUUAUGAUUUUCUUCCUUCUCUGGGUUUUGAUAGCCGGAUAGAUAUACCCCUUAUUUGUUUCUAAUGUAUUAUUAUGGGCUCUGGCCUCUUGCUCGACACGUCGUCCCCGCGCUCGGACGCAUGUUGCAUAUCUUUCUUCACUUGAACAUGGAGCUAUUUCUAUUUACAGUGCUCUGGCUAGACUUUCCUAUGAUCGCUUAUUAUGAGCCGAUGUCAAUAUUAUGUUGCUAGUCUGCAAAUACUUAGUCGAUUUGAGCGUCGACAUGUACGUAUAGUCCUCCAUUACUGCAUAAUCCACGGCUGCCUUCUGUCAAUAGAAGGACUGUUGCAACACUGCUCAAGUU